GGAUAGACGCACUGUAACAACAACACGGAGCUUGUUCCUCUUCCUUUCCAAUAUGUCAAACUUGUCUACUGGUAAAAAAAAAAGCAAAGAAAAGAAAAGAAAAAAAAGGCUUUAUGGUUUACGAAAGACCCUAUUUAUUAGCAAUAGACGUGUACAUUCGUAAGAACACUCUUCAAUCAAGUUUGACAGGAUUCUUGAAUGACGAUCAAAAAAAUAAAGCGCUCCUUGUUCAAUGGUUUGAAGUGUACACAACUUUGGAACAAGCAACAAGCGAACUUGUAGCUAUGUUUUUACACGCCUAUAACACUGUCUGUCCCGACAGCACGACGAAAAAACCUAACACACUUGUCGAUCUCGGUGUCUUAUUUGCAGAAGCCGAGAUGAGGAAGACUAUUAUUAAAGGAAACAUGGGAACUAUUAUCGCGUCAGCACAUACUACAGAGAUACAAAAAAAGCAAAGACUUGUUGAUGGGGAAGAUAUUGUUCAAUAUAUCGGAAAUGACACAUCUCUCAACAGGCCCAAUGCAAUUACUACUGAUAAGGCGAUAUCGGACGUUGCCUCCUCUUCUACGGCUAAGGUGACAUCUACGGUUACACCAGCAGAACGUCCUCAUACUGGCGAUUACAUCUUAGCAAAUAAGUUUAACAUGACUAAAGCUUUAAAAGCUUACAUCGAAAAGUGCAAGAAGAAGAAAAUUGAAGGCAUGAAUUAUAUUGAGCUGAUGGCAUCAUGUAAUGUUGUAUUUCUUACACAAAAUGCAUGCCCUGUAAUCAUGAAAGACAUUGGAUCUAGUAAUUUGGAUAUGUUAAAAAAAGAACUCUAUGACAAAUACAUGAAUGAAAAUAUUAAAGUCAAUGACAGCUUAUACAUGGAUUUGGUCUCAUUAUUUCGUGAUAUGGAUAGUGAAGCCUCGCAAAAAGAGAAUAAUCAAAAAAUCAAAGCACUUUUUAAGAACUCUUCAGAAGAAGACGGCGUUAUGUGUGAUGUUCUUAUAGAAAGCCUCAAUAAGCUUCCGUACUGUAACGCAGCACACCAGCUUGGAGAAUUGGAACUCUGUUCAAGAUACUUUGAUCCAUUGCUUGCACCGAUAUUUCAUGACCCUGAGGUUGGUCAACAAUUAGUAUGGAUAAGGGGGGAUACCGACUACCAAUUAUCAGAAGUGCAUGAAGAGGCAGAAUUCUUAAAAAAAAUCGCAUGUGAUAUGAGCCAGCGUACUACUUUGGGCUUGUGUAGACAAAAGCCAACCGAACAAGGCGAUGUUGUUCUUGCAGAUUGGAAUGACAGACUUUACUUGGCCAAUUUCACUAACGGGUUGGUCUCAACAAAGGAUAACAAGUUUGCGAUAUGUGUUCAGACAGAUGGUCUCCAAUGCAGCUUUUAUAGUUUGCACGAAAUUGCUCCUGGUGUCACCGUUAUGCUUGACUUACUAAAUUUUGAUGUUCCCCAAAAAAGAUGUGAAGUUGUCAACUUGUUACCAAUACUUGAUCAACUGAAACGCAUAUACUGCUUGAAUAAAAUGAAGUAUGCGCCUCUUCAUUCCGUGUCUAAUCCUUUAGAAGAAACAGCAGGAACUUCUAUUAAAGAAGCAGCGGAAAAUGAAACGUGUGAGCUCAAACGGAAGAGAAAAAUUGAGCGCGUUUAAAUAUGUUAUUACAGUAUUAUCAUGUUAAAUUCAGACAAGCUCAAAAAAAAUUCGGACUAAAAAAAAAUGUUUUCAGACAAACGUAAAGAAUUAUUCAGACAAAGGGAAACUAUUUUCAGAAAUAUGAUAAUAAAAAUUCAGAC